AUGCAGUUCAAGACUCUCUCCAUCCUCCUCCUCUCUGCUUCCGCAGUCAUCGCUGCCCCACAGGAGGAGAAGCGCGAUAUCAUUGACCAAGCCACCUCUGGCAUUGGCGGCAUUGGCUCUGACAUCGGCGACAUCGCUACCGACAUUGGCAACAUCGGCAAGAGUCUUACUGCUCUCUUCCCAUCUGCCACCGCCAUCCCAGCCUCCGUCUGGAGCAGCUUGACAGACGCUUCCCACAUCAAGUCUUUCGGCUCUUCCCUCCACAGCGCCAUCUCAGACCACCACGCUCCCGCAUGGUUCUCCAACCUGCCUGCCUCUGCCCAGAGCGCAGUCAGCAGCGCCGCCGCCGGCAUCACCAGUGAAAUCGGCGAGCACUUCCCCAGCGCUACCGGUACUCCUGGCGCUACUCCUACCACUGGCGGAGGCUCCCACCAGACCAACACCCCCAACGCUGCUCCCCGCGCCACCGCUCUCGCAGCCAGCAUUGCUGGAGCUGCUGGUCUUCUUGGUCUCGCAGUCGCCUUGUAA